GUGUAGUUUCUCAGCAUCAGCAAUAACACCAGCACUACUGCCAUGUUCUGAUGUGGAUGAGCAGAAGGCCGGCCUGAAAACACAGCAACCAUUCUAGUAAACAAACCCUACUUCCUCUGGGAUUGUGACUUUUACAGGACUUUUUCUUCGACCGAGUCCACUGAGGUCUGCUUUUGCUCCCCUGUCCAGCUGUAGAGGUGGAUAGCCUGGUCAGCUCCCCCCCUCCCGUGUUUGAAAUGCUGUAUAAAUGCAGCAUCCGUGCGUCAGCAGCAGUGUCUGAUAGCUAAUUGGUACCCAAACAUGAAGAGACUGAGCUUGGUCCUCCUUGUGCUUCUCCUGAUGCUCGCAUCCGGGGAGGAUAAGGAUCCAGCAGUGCAGUACUGGACCUGUGGGUAUAGAGGACUCUGCAGACGGUUCUGCUAUGCUCAAGAGUACAUCGUUGGUCAUCACGGUUGCCCUCGGAGAUACAGGUGCUGUGCCGUGCGUUCUUAGCACUCGGCUUGUUUCAUGAAACACGUCAGAACCUGAGUGAUGACAUCUCCAGAGCUGGAUCCUAGUUUUGUGUGGAUAAACCACAUCGGACAGAGCUUUUGAAGUGGAGUUCAUACAGUAUAGUUAAAAAGUUUAUUUUCACCCAUUAGAGUAGCAGCUGUUCUCUCUGGAGUGAAACUAUGGCUUUGCAUCCAAUAAACGCAUUAAACUAAA